AAACAGCAACAGCUAAUUACGUCAUGUGCACGACUAAAUAAAUCGUACUAUAUACUCCUUGUGUCAUCUGAGUGGUGCAGCCUGGGUCCUCGGUACAGUCUUUCGUUGGUCUUUCGUUUUCGCUUGAGAGGAGUCGAUCCAGAGUUGUUACCUCCGUCCUGAAUUCCUAGGCAGUGGUUGGCGUUGAGCUAUUUUUCAGAAACUUGUUGACAGAUCUCCAUCACAGACGUUUCAUCGUGUGUCCUGUGUUUUGUUGCGAAGUCUCACAAUUUUAAAACGGUAAUAUUUGUUUAGCUGGGUUGUGAUAAUUAAAUAUGUUGACGUUAAUAGGAAUUGAAUGACUUACUGAGCAUAUCUCGAUGACGAACUAAGUAUUUCGUGUAAUGUUUUCAGGGAAAAUGUUAGUUGCACGAAUCUGUCAGGUGUCAUUUGCGCCUGUGUUGAAAGCAGCACCUACAAGGUUUCAGUUAAUUAGACCAUCUGGUCCGAAAUCAAUUUUUCGAACAUUUGCCGAUGAAUCGCGAAAUUCAUUUCAAGAACGUCUUGCUAGACGUAGAACUCUUCGUGAGAGAGCUAUGGCACCCGCGGGAGAAACCGCAUUUGACAUUGGCAAAGGAGCAUUAGCUGGAGGAUCUGCUCUUGGUCUUGGGGCUUUAUGUUAUUAUGGUCUUGGUCUUUCCAAACAGGCUGGUAUUGCUGACCAAUAUGCUUUGUGGCCAGAUUAUGUAAAAAAGCGUGUGCAUGCUACGUAUAUGUACUUUGGAGGUUCACUAGUUAUAACAGCUGCUGCUGCAGCAGCCACUCUUCGUUCUCCAACUCUUAUGAAUCUCAUGACAAGAUCCUCCUUUUUGGAAGGAUUUGGAGCAAAACAAUUAGCAUGGAUAGUUCAUGCUAGUAUACUUGGAGCUGUAGUAGCACCAGUCUGUCUGAUGGGUGGACCUGUAGUAACCAAAGCAGCAUGGUAUACCCUUGGAAUUGUUGGUGGAUUAAGUACUAUUGCUGUAUGUGCUCCCAGUGGGAAAUUUUUGACAAUGGCUGGUCCAUUGGCAAUUGGCUUGGGAACAGUUUUCAUUGCUUCAAUAGGAUCCUUUUUCUUACCUCCUACAUCAGUAUUGGGUGCUGGGUUGUAUUCUCUUUCUGUGUAUGGAGGAUUGCUACUUUUCUCUGGAUUUUUGCUCUACGAUACUCAUCGUAUAGUUCAUGUUGCUGAAAAUUACCCUGCUAUGAUGAAUCCACCAUAUGACCCCAUUAACGCGUGCCUGUCUAUUUACUUGGACGUCGUCAAUAUUUUCAUCCGAAUGGUUAUGAUCUUAGGUGGUGGAGGCAACAGGAAGAAGUAAAUUGAAAUGAAAACAAAUCUGAGUACAUCCUUUUUGUUUUAUUUCCAGCAAAAGACUGACUCUAUCAUUAUUGUAAUUAAAUUUUCUCAUGCUUGUUUUAAUUAUGACUUUCAUGUUUAUGAAUAUUUGUUUAUAAAAAAUAUUAAAUUGUGUACAGUAAAUAUCACCCCAGUUUAAG